GUCCAAUCAGAGGCUACGUUGCUACAUGCAGUGCGCAGGCGCAGUGGACCAUAUAUUCAUGUGUUUUACGUACGUCGCUUCUUCUCUGGUGGAGGUCACAGACAUCUGAGCAAAACUGAGAAGCAGGAUUGCUGUCAUGGCCAAGCUGUUCGAGUCUAUUGGAAAGUUGGGACUGGCCAUCGCCAUUGGUGGAGGUGUUGUGAACUCAGCCCUUUUCAAUGUUGAUGCAGGGCACCAGGCUGUGAUAUUUGACAGGUUCAGAGGAGUGCAAGAGAGUGUUGUUGGUGAAGGGACCCACUUCCUUAUUCCCUGGGUUCAGAAACCUAUCAUCUUUGAUUGUCGCUCCCGUCCACGUAACGUCCCUGUCACCACAGGCAGCAAAGAUCUGCAGAAUGUAAACAUCACAUUGCGUAUCCUCUUCCGGCCGGUGACCAACCAGCUGCCACGCAUCUUCACCAGUAUUGGUGAGGACUAUGAUGAGAGGGUGCUACCUUCCAUCACCACAGAGGUCUUGAAGUCUGUAGUGGCUCGGUUUGAUGCUGGUGAGCUCAUCACUCAGAGAGAGCUUGUGUCUCAGCAGGUCAGUGAUGACCUCACAGAAAGAGCCAACACCUUCGGCCUCAUCUUGGAUGACGUUUCACUGACACACUUGACCUUUGGCAAGGAAUUCACAGAGGCUGUUGAGAUGAAGCAGGUGGCCCAGCAAGAGGCUGAGAGGGCUCGUUUCAUUGUAGAAAAGGCAGAGCAACAGAAGCAGGCGGCUAUCAUCUCAGCGGAGGGUGAUUCCCAAGCUGCCUUGCUCAUCGCCAACUCCCUGAUGGCGGCUGGUGAUGGUCUGGUAGAGCUGCGUAAGCUGGAGGCAGCUGAGGAUAUUGCUUUACAGCUCUCCCGCUCCCGCAACAUCACUUACCUGCCAUCAGGACAGGGCACAUUGCUCCAGUUGCCCCAGUGAUAACAUCUCACCUCAUAGCCCACUCUCGCUGUCACCAGCUGUUACAAUGGAAUGGGUGGUUGGAGUAGCAAAUAAAUGACUCUCAACUUCACACACAUUCCUCCCACUCUUUCUCUAACCAACUCUGGACUGGGCUCUGCUGAUAGCAGGAUAGUGGGAGACAAAGUGAGAGGUCUGCGUUGAAUACAUUUAUGAAGUCCACCCAAGUGUAAGGACGUUGAAGUAACUAAAUAUAAAGCUGUUUUGAAAUAAAUCAACAAUGCAGUAAAUUCUCUUAAGAUUUGUCUUUGCUACAUUGUUUCAGAUCACAGCAUGUGUGGAAAGCAACAGAGUGAUUUUAACACCAAGGGGAAACCAUUUGAUUCCUUUCAAAGAUACGAUGAUAAAUGCCGUUACUCAGUUAUAUGUGCUGGAACGUUUCAUCCAAUUGUGUAACUGUAUUCAGAUCUAUAAUGAAACGCUCUCCUUUUGAUUCACUGACGUGACUGAUUUGAGAUGGUGCAUUCAUUUGCCAGAGGUAUAACACUUCUGGAAUACAUCUGCUUUCUAGCAAAUUAUUUCUUCAUGAAUAAUAUUGCUAUCCCAAAUAAUUUAAAUGUGCCUGUCGGAUAGUAAAGAAUGAUCCUUCAUUCAGUUGUCGCUGUCUUUAGUUUGUGUGGAGAAAUUGUACACCGCGUGUUCAAUUUAACAAUAAAUUUCUCUUUCUGAC